AUGAUCAGUCUACAGCUCACGAAAUUCAUCAACCCAUGUGUAACAUUACUUACCACCAGACCACUAAUUACAUCAUCCAUAACUCAAGCAUCCUCGUCAUCCUCAGCAUCCUCGUCAUCCUUGCCAUUGAAAUCAUCAAAAUCGCGAUCUAAACCCAAACCCGCCAGCAACAACAUUCCAUCCCUUGAAGAGUUCCUAUUUCAACAACGAGUCAAACGAGUUUACCGAGCAGUACUUCGACAACUUUACAAGCACCACGAACGUGAUGAUUUAGUCAGAUUUAUCCGCGAUGAAUUCAAAAUCAAUGCCAAUGAACGUGAUUUGAAUCAUCGGAAAUAUCUAUUGAGUUUGGGCGUUAGUCAAAUUGCUUCAAUGAGUGCUAGUUUAGGGCUAAAAGUGGAUUUGUAG